UCGCGCUGUGUGAUUUACUAUAUUAUCCAUAUGAGCUUUAUCCUAGCAUGACGCAGCCUUUUUCCUAUAUAUAACCUCCAAACGCUCUGUCGUUUAUUCCAAAUUAAAGCUCUUACGGAUGAUAUAGUAAAUCACAAUAUAGGGUUUCAAACCAUAACAACAAACUAAUUCCCAAAUAACUCUUCACUCCAAAUAAAGCUAGUCAUGGAAUCAAAUCCCAAAAAUACAACCAAAAUCCUCUUUAGCUACGGCGGUAAAAUCCUCCCCCGCCAUACCGACGGCAAGCUCCGCUACUCCGGCGGCCACACCAGAGUCCUCGCGCUUUCUCUCCCUAUUUCUUUCUCAGAGUUGAUGGUGAAGUUUGUGGAAUUAUGCGGUUCAUCGGUUACACUGAAGUGUUCUUUACCGAACGGGGAUUUAGAGACGUUGAUUUCAAUCACCGGCGACGAAGAUCUGGAAAAUAUAAUCGAAGAAUAUGAUCGAGCUUCUUCGUCGUUACCUCAUCCAUUGAAGAUCAGAGCUAUUCUUUCACCUCCUAAAUCUCUCAAGAAAGUAACUCCUCCACAAUCCUCUUCAUCCAGCACAACAUACUCUCCGUCUGGUUCGCUUUAUGCGUCCAUGGAAUCACCUCCGUAUGCGGUCGUGAACCGGCUGAGUUGCUCGCCAGUUUCUCUAGGGUUUCCGAUUGGUAUUCGUAAUGAGGCUGUGAAAGGUGGCUGUUACACGGGGCAAUUCCAUUAUCGCUUCGGUUAUAAUUAUUGUCAAUGAGGCAGAGUUAUGUUGGAGAAUAGAAUACAAGGAUAUAUACCAAAUACUGUAUAUUAGUUGAUGAUGAAAAAUAUGAAAGAUCGGUUUCGAUCUAUUGUAGGGUAGGGUGGAAAUAGAGAAAAGUGAUUUGUAAUUGAGCUUCGGCUUCUAUUUUUCAUUUGGUUGAGCUUUUUAGAAAUCAAACCAGAGUCUUGCUCUGUUUUCUCUAGACAACAAGGACCAAUAAUAAGUCUUAUCCCAUUAAAUAUAUCGAUUACAUUGAUCAA